CAGGAUCUGUCUCUCUGCAUCCUGUUCUCUCGCGCCUGCUCGACUCUCUCUCUCUCUCUCUCUCCCUCGCUCUCUCUCUUAUUUCACUGCUCUCUCCGUCAAGAGUGUCUGUGCUUUUGUUUGUCCCAGUACAGAAUUGUGUAUUCCUCUCUUUUGCCAUCUGAAACUUUCAGCACAUAGAUAAUUUGACCCUUUGCAAAACCCGCAAGGCCCCAUCUGUGUGCAGAGCAUCAUCUUCAAACUCAACGUCCAGGAUGGAUGCUCUAAUGAAGGGAUUUUCCAUGGCCAAGGAGGGAGUGGUGGCCGCAGCCGAGAAGACUAAAGCUGGGGUUGAAGAAGCAGCUCUCAGGACCAAAGAAGGGGUCAUGUAUGUGGGCAACAAGACAAAGGAGGGAAUGGUAUCAGGUGUAAACACAGUUGCCCAGAGGACCACCGACCAGGCGAACAUUGUAGGUGAAACAGCGGUGGGGACCACUAAUGAGCUGGGACAGAAGACAGUAGAUGGGGUCGAGAAUGUGGCUGCUUCAACCGGCCUAGUCAACCCGGGUGACUUCUCUCAUGGUGGUGGUAUGGAAGGAGGAGAGGGUGGAGAGGGUUAUUAGUCCAGAGGUGUGAAGCUGAGAACAGUCCCCUCUCUUCCCUCUGACUCUCCACCUCUGAGUUUCUGUUCCGAAGCCUCACCCCAACCAGACUCCAGAUGUUACUGAUAUUUUUUUGUGACUGUGUGGAAAACCAGAAUUGAAAAAGACUUUCCCUGAGCCCUAUAGCCUUUAGAUGUGUGAUGCUAUCCCUCCUGCCCAGCUCUUUAUCUAUGAUGAUGCCAUGCUAUUCUCUUAAGUGUUGUUGUCAUUCCUCUGGCCUUUACAAUGCCUCAUCUAAAACACACACGUCCAAACAUACACUCUUUACACACAAAAAAUGAACUGGAAAUGUGAAUCUCAGAGGCUGAUAUCAAAAGUUGACAUGGUCUUUUAGGAGCAUGGCUGAAAAAAUAAAAAAAUAAAUUCCUGCAUGACCAAUAAUGUAAGAAUAGCAAUACAUUUACAUUUCAUCAGGGCAUGUAGCAAUGUGUGUUUGGAUCUUUGUGAGAUCAUAGCCAUUUUUGCAUUUAUUUAGUCUUGAAAAUGCUGCAAUAUACGCAAUGAUGAGUUGUGUGUACAUUAAGAGAUACAUUAUAUUCCUUUAGUUCAGUAUGUGUGGCAGAAUAGAGUUACUGUGAGCUUGACCAAUAGACUUAGUGUGUGUAUUGUUAGAAUAUUCCAAGAACAAAUAUGUUUAUUCACAAAAUAUGAGAGCAUACUGUAUACAGCGAUACUGUAAAAAAAAAAAAAAAAAAAGAAUAA